UGCUUCGGGGAUACACGUGACAGCGACUUUCAGUUACAAUAUUUUAACAUGGCUUUUCUCACAGAGGAGCAGUUCGGUGCUUUGCAACUGCUGUUAAAGGCUCAAUCUAAAGAUGCAGUGCGGCAGAUCUGCACAGAGAGCUUCCCUGCCGGAGCGUUAAAGUCUCAGUCUCUACUGGAAAACACCGCAAAAGCACUCUCCGUGUCCAGGGAUGAAGCGAUUCAGGUGCUGACAGCUUUUCACACUCUGUCGCAUCACGUCGUGUACCAGAAUUUAUCCUCUCCAGAACAGAUCCUGUCUGUCUUUCCAGAAUCAUUCCACUCAAAUUUGAAAAAUCUGAUCACCAAAAUUCUCUUGGAGAACAGUGUCUCGUGGAGAAAUGAAGCUUUGUCCAGUCAAAUUUCACUGCCAAAGCUGGUGGAUAUGGAAUGGCGUGUGGACAUGAAGACGUCCUCGGACUCUUUGAGUCGUAUGGCAGUGCCAACAUGUCUGCUGCAAAUGAAGCUCCAGGACUCUCCGUGCAUUAACGGCAGUCCAAGUGAGUCCAGAGUUACAGUGGAGCUGAGCAGAGAGACAUUGGACACCAUGAUAGAUGGCUUGGGUCGCAUCAGGGAUCAGCUGACUGCAGUGGCAAGGAAGUAGAGAAUGGGAGACCUCACCAUCACACCUGUCUAUUCAUGCACAUUCAAACAAAGAAGCAAUGGACACUGGAAGAAUGUCCACAAUGUAAAGGAAGAAAGGACAUUACAAAUUUGUAAACUAGGUUGCUGGAUUCAGUUUGUAAAACAGAGUUUUCUCAUGUUUUGAUGUGUGGUAUGUUUCAUGUACAGAAAGUUUAUGUAAAAGUUGUCCUUUACUAUCUCAUGAUUGUGACUUUUUUGUCAGACUCAUUAAUAUGACUCGUAAAUCGUGAGAUACAAAGUCAUAAUUAUGAGAUGGUAUCUCAUAAUUGCGAAUUAAGUAAAAAUUAUGAGAUUACAAUUUUUAAAUAUGAAAUAAAGUCAAUUAUUCGAUUAUCUUAUAAUUAUGACUUUCUCAUCAUUUUGACUGUUAUAAUUAUGAUUUAGUAUCUUAUGAUUUAAUCUCAUAAUUAAUUUACUAUCUCAAUUUUGACCAUCUCAUAAUUUUUUUCUUUUUGUUUUAUAAGACUAUCAUUAAUAUGACUUUGUUUGAAUCUAAUAUUUAUGACUUCGUUUCGCAUAAUUAUGACCCUUUAUCUCAAAAUUAUGAAUAUGAAUCUAAUAAUUAUAAAUUUCUAUCUCAUAAAUAUGGUUUAGGAUAUCAUAAUUAUGAUUGACCAAAUCAUGUUUAUUUUUUACUCAAUGUGUCAGAAAUGGGCUUCCAUAAUUAGGGGUAUGGAAAUUGGAUUAGAUUUUUUUUUUUUUUAAAGCAGAAAACACACACUUGUCACAUCAUGCACUGUUAGUUUAUGUGUAAAAGGAUAUUGGGGGGAAGAUUAAAUACUGACUGAUACAUGUGUUAAAUGAGUUGCUCUCUUAAAAACUUAUUUCCGGCGUUAUGUUUUCAUUUUACACAUUGCCAUGAGAGGCGCUGUACAGCUUUAAAACCGCCCUGACAGCCACAUUUUUUUCAAGAUAAAAGUCUUAUCCGUAGUGUUUAUAAAUAAAAAAUGUCGAAACUCU